AUGCAUAUUCCGUGCUUCGGGUCCCUGCGGUUCUCCAGGGCGAAAGGCGACAAUGAGAAACAUCCGAGGCGACAGCGGACAAUGUCCAUCUUUGCCAACUCCCACUCCAGCUCUAAACCCGGCCACUCCCUCCGGCGGAUGGUUGGCAUGUCAAUGUCAGUUGUAGCUCCGGCUCACGCCCCCCGCCAUAUUCCGAUUCCAAAGUCCACGAUAUCCGACGAAAGCUCCAGCGGAACCUCGACACAGCCCUCUCUCCCACAGCUCGAUAUUACAAGCCACAUGCACGAUAUCCUCCAGCGACUAUACCACGAAUUGCGCGGUUCCCACGCCACACUACCUCGGGCCAAGUUUGUUGAAUUCUUGAAGAACGUUCAGGGCGAGGCUCGCGUCAACUUGGACAAGGAGGAAUACUCUCUGGGCGAUUUCCUUUACACCUGGGUCCAUGAUUAUCCAUGGGAAGCCACGGGUCCUCUUCCAGAAAAGGAUCUCUCGAAGCCUUUAACAAACUACUUCAUCAAUAGUAGCCACAACACCUACUCGAGCGGAAACCAGCUCGCUUCGAUUAGCUCACCAAACGAAUACAAGAAGGUUCUCCGAAGCGGGUGCCGUUGCAUCGAAAUCGACGUCUGGAAUGGAAAUGCCAUCGCAUCACCAAGCAGCUCAAGGUCUGCGAAGGGGCACGGGCGUGGCCUCUCAGGCAGUUCGUUCCCCAAUGCAGCCACGGCCGUCAUCGACACCGUCGGGGAUACAGUUCAUUACCUUAUUGAGAAGUCCGGAAAUCGCUCGCGCAGUGCCAGCGCUACCAGUCAACGGGAUACGGAGCCGUCCCCGAGGUCCAGCACUCAGUUCUCCGUGGACCCUAAGGAGUCCCACGAUUGUAUUGAUACCCCUCGACUGGGUAGGCCACGCGUACGACAACCACCACCACCGCGUGGUGAACCCAUUGUAACGCAUGGCUGGACAUUUACCGCCCCAUGCGGCUUCCGAGAGGUUUGCCAGGCGAUUAAAGAGACUGCAUUCGUGGAUAACGACCUGCCCAUCAUCAUCAGCCUCGAGGUUCACACAGACACGAGCCAGCAGGAAGUAAUGGUGAGAAUAAUGAAGGAGGAAUGGGGGAGUAUGCUCUUGGACGCUCCUUUCGAAGACUGCGACCCCAGGUUCAGGCUUCCUAAGCUGGGGGACUUGAGGAAUAAGAUUCUCAUCAAGGUCAAGAAAGCCCACUCCAAGAUCUUGGUGCCGCCUUCCACCGUGCCGCCUUCCGCCGUGCAGCUGCCCGCAAUUUAUGCCCAUGACGAGGACGCUUCUGGUUCUGAGGAUGAGAUUGAGCGCCCUUUCCUCAUCUCGGGUUCAUCAGCGCCUGGUUGUAUCCCCCCAGAUUCUAAGAGCGCCAAGGUCCCUAUCUGCGAAAGUCUCGGUAGCCUGGCCAUCUAUACGCGAAGUCAGCAUUUCAAGAGCCUCGCGACGCCGGAGGCUAAGAUCCCCCCUCACAUCUUCUCCAUCAGCGAGAACCGCAUCCUCGAGCUCAACCAAAAGCAGCAUCGGGAAAUGUUCACUCACAACAAGGGCUACUUCAUGCGAGCCUUCCCUGCUGGACGUAGGAUUGACAGCUCGAACCCCGACCCGAGCCUCUUCUGGCGCGGUGGCGUCCAAAUGGUGGCCAUGAACUGGCAGAAUGUCGACGAGGGAAUGAUGCUCAACGAGGGCAUGUUCGCAGACACAAAGGGCUGGGUCCUCAAACCCCCAGGCUACCUGAGCUCCAACAAAUCGACGGAGACUCAGAGCCAGGCUGCUCCCGGUCAGACUCUGAAUUUGAAGAUAACUCUCUUUGCCGGCCGGCAAAUCCCCAUCCAAGAGGGUGAUGAAAAAGAUAACACUCGUAGCGCGAGUACAAUCCGCCCCCUCAUCAAGGCGGAGCUUCACGUAGGAAGGCCAGAUGAGACGGAACGGGAUGGAGAGUGCAAGUACAAGCAGAAAUCGGACGUGGGCAAGUCGAACCACCCCAUUUUCGGGCCCAAUGGUUCGCCUCUCGAAUUCCUCAACAUUCCCAAGGUCGUAGAGGAGCUGGGCUUCAUCAGGUGA